AUGGAAGCAAAAGACUCUGUCGGCUAUAUAAGAGUAUCAGAGAAGGGAACACAAACAUCCGGAGCAGGUUCAGACUCUCCUGGUAUCACUGUCAGUGAUGUGUCCAGUCAAACACCUGGGGAUCUGAAAACUGAAGAACAAGACUUCAUAAUGAUGUCAAAGAAAGAAGAAGAACGGCCUGAUGGAAGUGACUAUAACCACCCACAGAAACACCAAAGUCAUCAGUCCUUGGACUCUAUAAGUUCAGAGGAAGUUUUGAAAAAGAUCAAAACCCUAAAGACUGAAGAUAUUCAGAAAGGCAAUGUUUUAAAUUGCAGGUGGCUUUUUGAAAAUCAACCAAUUGAUACUAUAAAAGAAAGCUAAGAUGGUGAGGUGACAGACAUACAAGGUGGAGAUGUAAGAAAAGGGUGCUUUAUUUUUGAGACUUUUUCUUUAGAUGAGAUUAAAGAAGCUGACUGUAUUAGCACCAAAGAAACAAUCACUGAAGAAGUAAUAAAGGGUGAUGUAAAAAGCUAUAGAAUGCUCUUUGAAACCCAGCCACUCUAUGCAAUUCAAGACCGAGAAGGGCAUUAUCAUGAAGUGACAACAGUUAAAAAGGAAGAAGUAAUUCAUGGAGAUGUACGAGGGAUGAAGUGGCUUUUUGAAACAAAACCAUUAGACCUAAUUAAUCAAUCACAGACUGUGUAUGCUAUUAAAUCUGUCACACAAGAAGACAUUCCGAAGGGAGAUGUUAGUUCUGUCAGAUACAGAUUUGAAACCCAGCCACUGGAUCAGAUUUCAGAAGAAUCACAUGAUAUAGUGCCCACUGUAGACUAUAUUCGAGGUGUAAAGACAAGUAAAUAAUUCUUUGAGUCUUACAAUUUUGAUAACAAUACUUAUAUAAGAACAGUAAGUGUCAAUGAAAUACAAAAGGGCAAUGUUAAAAUAUCUACCUGGCUGUUUGAACCUCAUACGAUAGAUGAGCUGAGUAGAGAAGGGUCAGAAUAUAAAAAUAUCAAAGUCACCCAGGAAGAUAUGGAGAAAGGUGAUGUUAAGCAGGCAGUAUGGCUUUUUGAAAAUCAAACUUCGGAUUCUAUUAAGGAAGUAGAUGAAAGCAUUACAAAAAUUAUCAAGGAAGAAAUCCCUCUUUCUGAUGUGAAGACAACUACAUGGCUCUUUGAAACUAUACCCCUUCAAGAAUUUAAUGAGAAUAGAGUUGAAAAGGUGGAAAUUAUUGGCAAGAGCAUUAAAGAAACCUUAGAAGAACUCUGCUCCCAAGAAGUUAUUGAGGCUCCUGGAAUCAUUAUUGAAGCUGAUGAAAUUGGGGAUGUUCGAAUGGCAAAAUAUAAGCUAAUGAAUCCAGCCUCUCCUGAGAUACAGAAAGAAGAAAUUAUCAGGGUUGAUCUCAAAAAUGUAAUGGUGAACUUACUUUCCAGAAGAGACCAUAUAAAAAGAGAGAUUUUGGUUAGUGAAGAAGAGAGGGGAAAUGUUAAUUUGACCAAAAUGCAAUUACUAAAUCGAUCAACAGAAUUUGAUGCUGAGAAAGAAGACAUAGUGAGUGGUGAUGUACAACAAGCAAUAAAAAAUAUGUUCUCUGAGGAAACAUAUGUAAAGAAAGGCAUUUUAAUUCACAAGGAAAGAGGAGAUACUAACAUGACUAUCUAUUGUCUUCUUCAUGAAAAUGCUGGUGACACCAUUAAGUGGGAUUCAUCAAUAGGCAGUGAUGUGAAACGUACCAUUCAUAGUUUGCUAUCCUCCCUCUCAGACAAUAAAAUAUCUGAAAGGGCUAAAAUUGUUGCCUCUGAGAGAGGGAAUGUACAGUUUUUCACAAGAUGCAUAGAAACUGGAGCUUUGGAUUAUCUCAAACAACUCCAGACAGGGUCAAAUGAAACACUAACAAUGAGGAAACAAGAAGGAGAGGAAGAAAUCAUUGGUGGUGAUGUAGAGGGCACAAAGCUGUUAUUAAAGAAAAGGCAGUGGCAGGUUGAAUGUACUGUUAAUGAAACAGACAUCAUCCCAGGAGAUGUGCAAAAUGCGGUUAGGGUUUUUAUGACAGAGCCUCAGAGUACAUCUUGUAAGACAACCAAAGAAGAAAUUAUAAAAGGUGAUUUGAAAUCAACCCUAAAUUCCCUCAGCCAGGCCAUAAAUCAAAAAACAGUAGCUAAAACAGAAGAAAUUAUAAAAGGUGACAUGCUGGCCACCCUCAAAACACUAAAGGAAUCAAACUACCCAUGGAAAGAAUCUAAACAGCCCAAUGCGAUCCUUGGUGACAUUGAGAAUGAAUGCCUUGAGAAGACUACAAACACCUGGACAGAAAUCCUGAAAAAGGAGCUCAUCCGAGAUGACCUUGAAACGUCAUUCAGGAAUCUGAAAGAGACACAAAGAGCUCUCAAAGAGGUAGAUAAAAAAGCUGUAAUCAAAAAAGAUGUGCAAACUGUGAAGGCAGGAUCCUCCGAAGAGCAGAAGACAGAGAUUCGUCAGGUGGCUCUCCAAAAUAAAAAAAGUGUUUUUCAGCCGAGACCAGGACCACUGGAGCCGGCAGCCAGGUGGCAAGUGGGAACAGACACUCUUAAUCAAAUGAGAGGUAAAUCUGAUCAUGGGAAUUUAAUAGAAGGUGAGGUUAAUCUUCCAAAAGCCCCCAAAGAGAAAACAGUAACAGUAAAAUUACCUAUAGAACCCAUGGAGAAAAGCCACAAACAUAAGCUCAGUAUAGUUCAUGAGAAGCAAAGAGAAUUCAGAGAAUCAGAUGGUGAGCAACUUCUAGAAAGUAAAGAAACAAUUCAGGGACCACUGAUGACUGGUCCAAAGGAAGAGAGACUGACAGCUGAAAGAAAACAAGACCAAUUGAAUAAAUCAGCACAGAAGGUGGUCAAGCAAAUGGUUACUGAUAUACAUCUUGAUUACCAGACUCAGAAUAUUCAGCAAACACAGACUUCUGAAGAUUAAGUUGAGCGUAAAAAAUUGCCCCAGCUGUAUAAUAAUCUGCAGGAAGAAAAAUGUCCUGGAGUCAAGGGUCCACAACAUCAACAAAUCUUUUCUAAUACUAAAGAUUCAAAGCAAGAGAUUACACAGAACAAAACUUUAUUUUCCUCUGUGAAAGAAUCCCAGGAUAAUGGAAAAUAUGCUGUGAACAUAUUGGAAUUCUUGAGAAAACAUGAAGAAAUAUACCAGAUUUUGUCUAGAGUAAAGCAGUUUGAAGUGGAGCCAGAUAAAAAUGGCCUUAAGACAUUUCAGACACUGUUAAGUAUUAUUCCAGUAUGGCUAUUAAGUGAAGAAAAAAGAAAAUAUGGGGUUCGCACUGCUGUGGAGAAUAACAUAGAGAAAAUCAAAGAGGAAAUCACGCAUAUUAAAGCUAGAGCAGAGGACAUGCUUGUGUCCUGUGAGAGUGUAAUUCAUACAGCCAUGACAUCCUCCAAGGCUGGAAAACAGAGAAACAAACCUACUAGGUUCAAUGAAACAUCAUCUAAAGUAUCUAGUGUUAAUGUCAGCUGUAACAAAAACACUGAACAGAAAGAAAAUACAAUCUUAGAAGAAACAGAGCACCAUCAAAGAGCAACACAUCAUGAAGCAACUGCUCAGAAUCAAGUGAAAACCCAUCAGAUUAAACUAAAUAGUAAGAUUCUCCUCCCUCAUAAAAACACGCCAAGUGGACAGGAUUCUAGUGAUUGACUUGUGGGAAUAAGUUGGGUAUAAAC